AUGUCAAAUUUUAAGCAAUUAUCACACAUUGGGCCAUCACUUUGCGUGAAAUUUUACAAUGAUACCAUACUGCUUGCCGCAGUAGGCCCUUUCAUCCAUGUUUAUGAGUUUAGGUCGGAUAAGUUAAUCAACAAGUGCCGCAUAUUUCAUAAUAAUAAAAUUCAUGGUUUCGACAUUAGCCAAGAAAAAUGCGUACUCUACGGUGGUAAAUCCGUCUCUAUUAUUUCUAUUUCUGAUCUUCUCAAUCAGAUUGAUUUGAAACAUACGGAGCUGUAUGUUCCUGAAUGGGUUGUCGCAUGUACUUUAGCAAAUGAUAAUGAAAAUUGUUACGUUUUGACGUGCUACAAUCAAGUACUUAUUCUUAACCCAAAUGGUGUUGUACUGCACACUAAAAAAUUACUGAAUGAACGUUCCAUCUUAUAUUCUGGUUCAAUUAAGGUUUUGGAUGAUCGCGUAGUUGUAAAUGCCGGGACCGUCAUGGGAGGUAUACUAAUUUGGGACUUAUUCAGUGAACAAAAGAUCCACAAUUUGAAAGGUCAUGUAGGUUCAAUCUUCUACGUCACGGUUAGCGAUGACGGUAAGUAUGUUGCAAGUUGUUCAGAUGAUAGAUCCAUCAGACUAUGGAAUUUAGAAAACGGUCAAGAAGUUUCCAUUGGCUGGGGUCAUACUGCUAGAAUAUGGAAUUUGAAAUUUUUCAACAACAAUAUGAACUUGAUUUCUGUUGGUGAAGAUUGUACAUGUCGUACUUGGGAUAUUUCUUCUGAAAGUGAAUUAAUUACGAAAAAUGUUUACGAAGUACAUUUAACAAAAAAUUGUUGGAGUUGCGAUGUUCAAGAGGAGCUCAUGAUUGCAGCUACCGCUGGUAAUGACGGAAGAAUAAAAUUGAUUGAUAUGAACAAAGCAUCGAGAUACGGCAACGAAUUACAGUCAUUUACUUUACAAAGCAUUGGAGAAACAUUAGAGAUUAAGUUUGAGAAGAACGAAAUAAUUAAGGGCUUUCAUUGGUUUAGUUUUGGGCUUAUUGCUAUAACAUCAUUAGGAAAAAUAAUAAAAUAUGUUGAAUGUACCCAAUCCUGGAAUCUAAUUGUCGUCAAUGAAGAUCUUGCGUCGUAUUCAAAUACUAUUGGUAUAGAUAAUACCAUUAUUUUUUCUAACAAUAAGGGUUAUGUAUUGUUAUUGGCGUUCAGUGAUGAUGGAAGAUCGAUUAUUAUGCAAAAGGAGCUUCAUACUGAUUAUUUAUCUAAAGUCACCAAUUGUAUGUGUGUGAAAUUUGAUGAGAAUUAUUUGAUAACAUUGGAAUCACCAAAUCCAAAUGAUAAUUUCAUUGCCUUAGAGAUUGAACCAGUAUCCUUGGAAAUUAAAAGAACUUUCAAGUUCAAUAAACCUGGAAAUUUUGUUUCAUCCUGUUUGGAAGUUGUUAAUCAAAAUUAUCUGCUGGUGGGUUCAAGAUUUAGCACAGUUGCUAUUUUUAACUUAAGUGAUUGCGAGAGGGAUGCAUUUAUGAUUAAAAAAUUAAACCCUGGUGAUACAGUCACCUCAAUUAAGUUUGUCGAAUCCAAGGAUGAUUCGAAUUUAUUUUCCAUAACCAAUAGAGAUGGGUUCUACAAUAUUGUGAACAUUAAUUUCGAUAAUGAAACCUACGAAGUAAUUCACUCAAAUAAAAUUGUAAAGGGCUUUUUAGAGGGUGCCUUUUAUAAUAAGGAUAACGAAUACAUUACUUAUGGUUUUAAAUCUACUCUCUUUUAUAUGUACAAUGAACAGCAUGGCUAUGAAAUCUUGAGCCAAUUGUGUGGUGGUGCUCACAGACAAUGGAAGCUAUGUUCAUUAGAUGGUACUAAUUCUAAUGAAGAGUUUAUGUUAGUUUAUAUUAAAGCAUCUGAAUUGUAUUUAAGAAGAAUUUAUAAGCCUAUUGUACCAGAGACAUUGGUGAAUGGGUUACAUGGUAGGGAAAUAAGAGAUAUAAGCAUUCUGCCUCAGCCAUUUAACAAGGAAGAAUAUUUGUUUGCCACAGCCUCUGAAGAUACAACUAUAAGAUUGAAUAAAUUUAAUUUGGUUACCGGAGAUAUUAAAAGUUAUUGGGCAGAAAGAAAACAUGUUUCCGGAUUGCAAAGAUUGAAAUUUAUCAGUAACAAAUUUUUGAUUUCUUCUAGUGCCAGAGAGGAAUUAUUCCUGUGGGCAAUUAAUACUAGCUUCAGUUCCAAUCCAUAUAUUACAGUAAGAGCUACGUUACCAACGUCAGCACAUAGUCCAGAUCUGAGAAUCAUGGAUUUUGAUACACUUUUUAUCAAUGAGGAUAGGACAGAUUUUAUUGUUUCCACCAUUUAUUCAGAUUCAACAAUGAAAAUAUGGUAUUACGAUUCAACAGAUAAUCAAUUUAAACUAUUGUGGACUAGUCGUUACAAGACGUGUUGUUUAUUGAAUGUUAAGUUAAUAAUAUUGGAAGAUGAGUUAUACUUAUUGGUAGCUCCUACAGAUGGCCAUUUGGUCGUUUACAAUAUUACGAAUGAAUUAGAAACUGCUAGGAUUUCUGAUAAUAAACUUGUGAAUAUUAAAGUACCAAUGGUACCGGUAACUCUCUCCAAUUUAAAACCUGAAAUCGAACUAGCUGUUCAUCAAUCUGGUAUUAAGUGUAUGGACGUGGAAUUUUCAAAGGACACCUUCAAAGUGUAUACCGGUGGUGACGAUAAUGCAUUAUCCAUCAGCAAAUUCUACAAGAAUGGCGGACGGAUAUGUGGUGAGUUCGUGUACUCAAAUCCAAAAGCGGCAUCAUCUACUAUCACAUCAUGUCAGUUGUUCAAGAACGGUACGAGAUUGUUAAGUACUUCUGUGGACCAAAUUGUUCGUGUUUGGAAAGUGGAAGAGGAUAAACUUGUGUCUAUGGCCAGUAGAUACACUACUGUAGCAGAUACUGGAUCGAGUGAUAUUAUAAAAGAUUCGUCCCUACUAAUCGGUGGUGUUGGUUUGUCAGUAUGGGAGUACGAUGAGAAUAGUAAUUAA